AACAUUCCGACUCCCAUGAGGAUUUCAUCAGAAAUUCAAGAAUUUUGAUCGAGUCAACGAAAAACAAAAUGGAACGGGUACAGACAAUGUCAAAUGAGCUGGGCUAUAUCACUAGUCUUAUAAAGGAUGAUCGGAGACAGGCAACGAAAUCCAAACAGCAAAUAUCCAACCAAUCAAAACAGGGCAUUGUUGACGUCAGAGAACCUGGUGUCCAGAAGGAUAAUAGGUCAGUUCGACAGUCAGUGCCUGGACAUAUCGUGUUCGAUAAAACAAGGAGAAGGGAGACAAUGCCGAAAGUAAACAAGAUGAGGAAGUUGACUGAUAGAAGAAGGUUAAGGCUGAUCGAAAAUACCCUACAAAAGGUAAAAGAGGCAGACGCGAAGGAGACAGAAAUACCACAAUCAGAAUCAGCGGGAUCGACUAAAGCACACAAAAUAGUGAUCCCUCGAGAUACAAGUUUUGACGGGAAAACGGAAGCCAUCAAAUCAAACCCCGAUCAUGUGAUUAGUAAUGACACAAAGACCGGAAGUUACGUUUUGCCAGGCUGUUUAUGCGACUGUGGGGGUAAUCUCAUAGCUGAUGAAUCGGCAGAGAGAGCAAUCGCCGAGAAACGUCGAGCCAAGUAUGUAACCAAACCACGUGGUCCUGUAUCAAAGCAUUGCUGUGUGAGUGACUUUAGUUCUUAUCAGGGUCCGGUAAUAUUAGCAGACGAGGACACAGCCUUCUCACGCCUUCCGGCUUUACUUGUGCAAAAUAUUCAAAUUCCUUCGCCAAGGCCGAAGUCAAAUAUGGACACCAGGUGCAAGGACACCAUACAAAUAGUAAAAGACUCCAAUUCAUUUAAUUCAUGUCUUAAUAAAGACGAUAUCCGAAACGCAGAGAAACGGAAACUAAAAAACUGGUGGCAUCAUAGAUGUACUUGUGUGCAAGAGUACAUCCGACAGAAUGAACAAAUGGAAUCGAGGCGACCGACACUGAAACCAAACAAAGUGACUUUACAGACAGCUGGAGUUUCCUCGACGAAUUCUGGGUCGGGGAAUUUCGUGCCGUAUGAAGAAGUAUCCAUUGGAUACAGAGUAAUGCUGGGAGGCCAGACUUCCUUCCCAAUUAGUAUACGUCAUUUGAGGAAAUUCAGGACACCGAUAAGACGAUAA